AUGGCCAAGCACCAUCUCCACCUCAUCGUGACUCUCCUUUUUGUUGCCACCAUCUUGACCACUCCAGGCACUACCUCAGCUAGCUCAUCGACACCGCCGCCGACGGCAACAUCGCCACCGCCACCGACGGCAACGUCGCCGCCAGCAGCACCACCGCCGCCGGGAAGCUCGCCAGCAGCACCACGAACAGCGUACGAGAUGCUGGAGCAGUACAAUCUGAGCCGUGGCAUCCUUCCCGAAGGCGUGACGGGGUACGACCUCCGCCCGGACGGCUCCUUCGAGGUCUACCUCCCCGGUGACUGCAGCGUCCAUGUCGCCGGCGGGACGCCGAUCCGGUACAGUAGCGUCAUCGCUGGGAACAUCCAGUCCCAGUGGAUCCGAGCUCUCAAGGGAGUGAAGGUGAAGGUUUUGCUGACAUGGAUUGCCAUCACUGGAGUGAAUCGCACCCAAGACGGCCAGCUCAAUUUCUUUGCAGGUCGGAUAUCCAAGUCGUUUCCUGUUGACAAGUUUGCUAAUAGCCCCCAGUGUGUGUAGUUGAGGCUUCGACGUACGAUGGCUCCG